AACAAAAAAGAAACAACCAUAAAACAAAAGCUGCUCAUAAAAAAUAUUGGCCAAAACAUUACAACACAACGAUACCUUCAGGAGUAUACACAGAAGCCAACCAUGUCGAAUGUCUCAUCUGGGACUGGCCAGCAGCAGCCGCCCGAGCUUAGCAAGCUCAGCGUCCGGUGUGCGCUCGCCAAGAAAGAAUGGGACGAAUUGAUCCGCACGGGCAGGAAAACAAUGGCUACGCGUCGGGAGCUGAGCAUGAAGUGGAACGUCGAAUACUCGGUGCUCUGCCGGGCGCUGCGACGAGAGGACCAUCGGCGCAUCAGGCGCCCGGCCGAUGAUCAUGUCCCUGGCGCGGGCACCUCCUUGUCGUCGACGGCGAGGCAACCCAUGCUGCCGUCUUCCUCCCCGGGACCCGAGGUGCUGUCAUAUCUAUCCGGCGCAUCGGAAGUCAUCCAGACGACUGCCCCGAGGGCGCUACCCCAGCAGACGGCCACGCCCGUGGAGCAGCUGUGCGAGCUGCUCAACCCGCGCCUCGCGACGCCGAUACCGAGCAGCUCGGCCAUGCGGCGCGUGAGGGAGCGACACCUCGACAGCGAAAAGGGCGGGUGGACCGCCGUGACGGGCGACAAUGCUUCGCUGCUCAGCGCCAGCGAGGAGGAGGCCAUACGCAAGUGGUUCCGCUUCCGGCUCGACGUGGCGGACCUGGUCACCGUGUACGAGAUGGUCGACGCCGCCAACUCGGCCAUCCUCAUCAGCACAAAGGGUGUCCCGCUGGACGAGGGAGGCGCUCACCCGCGCGUCCCGCUCCAGACGGUGCGCUUCGCCACCAUCCGUUGGGCUCGCGACUUUAUGCUCCUGCGGCCGGAUCUCUUCUGGAGCACCGUCAAACCCCGCCUGUUUGAUCUCAAGGAGCGCCGUGUUCCGGAUACUCAUUGCUUCAUCGAGUGGUUCUACAGCGCGUCUGGUCCAGAGGAAAAGGAGAUCCAACCUAGGCCCGUGCCGCCGAUGCCUAUCGAUCUUGAUAUGGCUCCUGAAUAGGACGACCGGAAACUCCUACACUACGAUAAACGUUCAACCAACGACUACACAAGCGACACUGAGAAAUGACCAUGUACCUGCACUUGCGGCUUCAUGACUUGGCACGGGUUCGACUGAAUCAGUGUUUCGUUUAUGGAUCAAUUCGCUCCAGACUAUUUAUAUCCCAAGUCUGGUGUAGGUACCUAGCCAACAGCUAUAGCAUUCCUUGUCAUCUCUUCGCCCAUGAUCAGCGCUCCAGCCGCCUUCAGGUACUCUCAUAUCAGAACCGUACAACUCUCUUAUAAAACGGUCUGCCUCAGCGAUGAUCCUAACGCUCUGCUCGAUACUCGGACUUCUCUGCCCGCCCAUCGCCGCCGUCCAAGACUCAAACAGCCGACCCAGGUGACGGCCACAUGCCAGGACGUCCCUGGCCGCCAGCAUGUCGCGCAGCGCUGGGGUGCGACACGCUGCUAGCAGCAGGCACAUGGCGCCAGCCAUGCUCAAGGCGCAGAUCCAAGUGUCGACAAGGACUGUGUGUCCAAACCCUCGUAGGUUGAGCAUGUGUAGGAGACAAGCGUCGAGACAGCGGGCGGUGGCGCCCGCGUCCAGCGACGGAUCAUCGAUCUGCGCGCCACUGAGCGUCCACAUGAGAUAGGGCCGGUAGAUGACGCUGCGGCAGGUCAGGUAGCGCUGGCGGAGGAAGCCACCGUGCUCGGUGCUGCAGGGCCGUGCGUCCAGGGUGAAGGCGAAGGCGGCAGGGAGCACGUCGCGCCAGUCCUCGAGCUGGUGGUCUAGCUCGGCCACGACGUAGGGGAAGCGGUUGGUGUCGAGAGAGGCGCCGGUGCCCCGGGCGUACAGGAGCUGGUGGACGCGGUUGAGAAGCCGGCGCAUCGAGAUGCAGGCGAGGAAGUAGAGCGACGACUGCUCCGCCGCGACUGGGGUGCGGUGGCUUUUGUAGGGGGUCUUGCCGGGGAGCGGGAUGGACGACUCGAUGCGGGCGAUCCCGGACUGCGGGAGGCCCGAGAGCUCGGCCAAGUAGUCGCUGUUUCACGCAUUCUUUCUUGUUAGAAUCACUUUUUGGAACAAUCUUGGGGUUGGUUGGUGAAGAUGUAGAAGACCUGCCUCUCCAGAAUGUAGCAAGACCAGAAUAUCCGCCGUAUUCGCUCUUGGUCCUCGUAGUCCUCGUCGUUUUCUGCCUGGUAAGAGAGCAGCAGGAGACAGCGCGCCGACGCCGCGUUGAUGUACUCCCAUGCUUGCAGCGGCCUGCGCAAGAAGGCAAAGUACAAGCUGAAGCCCACGCCGAGACAUAACCAGCACGGAUCAGCAAAACAGAUCUCAGGACUUUGAAGGAGUGGGGUUGCUGAAAACAUACCCAACAAGAAACAAGCAAUGCGUUGCCGCCGAACCGACAGCCGUAUGCACCACAUGGAUGCCCCUCAGCACUUGAUCAAAGUACAAGUCCGCCAGACUCCUCCGCGCCCGUCGGAAGCGCAUCUCCUCCUCCGACAGAACGUGUCCGUCCACCAACCCGGCAACGACCUGGCUGGCGCAGCCGAGCGCCAUGAAUAAGUACGCGAGACACCUGUCGA